UAGUAAAAUCACAUACGAUGGGAUUUAAGAACAAGACCGUUAAAGCUGUUGACGCAUAAAACAAAGCUGGUCACCUUUGAAUCCUCUAAUCUCUCUCUCUCUCUCUCUCUCUCUCUCUCUCUCUUCCGGCCAAAGCAAAUAGAUGGCAAAUGAAGCCUAAACUUGUUGUUGAUCUCUUCCUGAUUGACUUUUGAAUUUUAGGGUCCAAUCAAAUUGGUGGGUUUCUCAUUUUUUCAGAUCUCUGAAUUUUUCAAGGUAAUUCUUCAGGCUUUCUUUAAUUAUUUUCCCUUUUCCUUUUUAUUUUUGUACACGCAUUGAAUUUCCCUUUGUGUUUUAAAUAACUUUUCAAUGCAUCAGAAGACAGGGAAGAUAGAAUUGGGUUUUUUGUGCUAUUGAAAGAUGAGGAUAGAUCCAGCAUUAGAACUGAAAUUUUGUGGAUGGAUUGAAAUUGGAGCAUAAAUGCUUUUGUUAUAAAUGGAAAUUUCAAAGCUUCUGCUCUUUUUUUUCAAUGAGGCGUAAUAUAGAAAACUAAAUUUGGUUGAUUUAAUAUGUAAAUUACUGUUGAUUAAUGAAAUGUUCGUUUCUCAUUUUUUUAACAAUCCCCUAUAGAGUAAUCAAGGAUUUAUUAUGAUGAGUACUGAACUGUGGGAAUGAUUUUGUAAUGGCAACAAAUAGCCUGGCAUCCUAUGUGAAGAUGAUAAAAAGAACUUCGGAUAUUAUGUCUUUCUCAAAAAAGGAGUUUUCCCUUAUCUUUAAUCAAGUUAUUUACACUCUGCAUUUUUCAAACUGGAUAGUGCUUUUCACCAUUAACCUAUUUAUACGUUGGAGAAGUCUGAAAUCAGAGAGAGUGAAGAUAUGAUGAAAAUCAUCUUGCCUCUCUUAAAUGCAAAUGCUGACUUUUAAGGGAUUAAAUAGCAACUCACAUGCUCUUCAAAGUGUUUUAAUUCUUUUCAACGAGGAAAUAUAAUGCAGCUCUGAAUAUUUUUUGGUUUGUACACUAUUUAGUACUUACACAAUGGGGAAGGGAAGGGGCAAUGGGAAAAGCUCCCAAAUACCAGUUCAACAGCGAAGGUUUGGACAUUCACCGCAAAUAUCGGUGUAGUAAAAGUUCUGGUAGCUUGGAACAAAAGAUCUUCCUAUUUCCCAGUCAAUAUGCAUUCACCUGGUGCUGACUUGUGCAUGCAUUUGUAGGUUUCAUUUGCUUUAAGUGGAGGCCAAAAAUUCACUGUUUCAAGAACAAACUUACUGUAAGUGUCUUUCAGCAUGGAUCUUCCCACAAACAAUGUUGAACUUGUUCCAGAAAAGGAGACAAUUGAAGAUGGAAAAGAAGGAUGCCCUGCAUUCCACUGUGACCUCUAUGACAUAGAAAUAGUUUACAAAAUAACCCAUGUGUUCCUCCAGGGAUUAGCAGCAGCUUGUGUCGACAGCACAACAGGUGGUAUAUUCAGGUCCCCUGCUUCUGUGGCUGUUGAUUUGAGAAAAGAAAUGAUUGACUAUCUCACCCAGAGAAGUGAAAGUUUUGUUGCUGAAUCUCUUAUCUUGGAAGAUGGUACAGAGGUUUCUGACCAUCCUUAUGAUAUUAUUUCUGAUUUUGUUGAUGACUUUUCAAGUUCAAAGAGAAAUUUCUUCAGUCGGGUUUCAGGAUGGCUACUAAGUGAAAAGAGAGAAGACAAGAUAGAUGAUUUCGUACAGGAGAUGGAAGAAAAUGGGUUUUGGCUGACAGAUAGGAGAGAAGUAAUUGCCCAGACUUUGGUUAAGAAUGUUGACUUCAAGAACACAUUUCACUGUGAUAAGAAAUUCAACAAAACUGAAGAGCUGGCAGAGCAUGUUGUCAACUGUGACUUUAGGUCCAUGAACUGCAAAAAUGAGGGAUGUACAGUUGUCUUUUGUGCUAGACAUAUGGAGAAUCACGAUUCAGUUUGUCCUUUCAAAAUAAUUCCAUGUGAACAGAAGUGCUCAGAUAGCAUCAUGAGACGUGAAAUGGAUCGGCAUUGUAUAACUGUCUGUCCAAUGAAGCUUGUAAAUUGUCCUUUCUAUGCUAUUGGCUGUCAAUCCACUAUACCCCGGUCUAUGAUUCAGCAACAUUGCUCAGAUGACCUCCAUUUUCACUUGUUAUAUGCUCUUAAAAACAUUCACAAGGGGGCUGCUGAGGAGGAUCUAAAACACAGGGUGGAUCAGAUUUUGCAGUCAUCUUCUAGUCAGCUAAAAGCAGCUAGAGACGCAAGAUCUCUAACCCUUAGAGUCAGGGAUCUUGAUGCAAAGCUUGGGCCAUUAGAAGUUAGUACUGCCAAAAAGGUUAGUGAAGACUCCACAGAGGCUACAAAUAACAUUACUGACAAAUCCACUGACACUGUAAACAAGGCAAUUGAAGAAUCAUCUGAGGAUGGAAAUGGUGGCAUUGAAAAAUCAAUCAACACCAUAAACAAGAUCAGUGAAGAGUCCAGUGAAGCUGCAAAUUACAUUACAGACAAAUCCACUGAGGCUGCAAAUAACAUGACUGACAAAUCUACUAGUGCUGCAAACAAGGCAAUUGAAGAAUCAUCUGAGGAUGGAAAUGGUGGUGUUGAAAAAUCAAUCAACACCAUAAACAAGAUCGGUGAAGAGUCCAGUGAGGCUGCAAAUUACAUUACAGACAAAUCCACUGAGGCUGCAAACAACAUGACUGACAAAUCCACUGAUGCUAUAAACAAGGCAAUUGAAGAAUCAUCUGAGGCUGGAAAUGGCGGUGUUGAAAAAACGACCAACAUGACAAAGAAGGUUGGUGAAAAAUCCACUGAGGCUGCAAAUAACAUUACUUACAAAUCCUCUGAGGCUAUAAAAAAGGAAAAUGAAGAAUCAUCUGAGGCUGGAAAUUAUGUUACUGAAAAAUCAACGAACACCACAAACAAGGUUGGUGAAGAGUACACUGAGGCUGCAAAAAGCAUUACUGACAAAUCCACUGAGACUUUAAAUAAGGCAAUUGAAGAAUCAUCUGAGGCUGGAAAUGAUGUUAUUCAAAAUUCAACCAACUCCACAAACAACGUUGGUGAAGAGGCUACUGAGACUUCAAAUUUAACGUCUCAUGCAUCAGAGGAAGCCAAAAGCCAAAUUUGAACAUAAAUCACCUGUAUUUUCUUGGCAGAACCUACUCGUGAAAUGUUGGAAAUCUUAUCCAGCAGGAAGCUCAAUCAUGCAACUUCUUAGGUGCUCAAACACUUGUUCCUACAUACCACUUGUUUUUAUUAAUUUCUUUUCUGACAGCGAAUUUUUUUUAUCGGAUGUCCCCAAGGGAACACAGUAAAUAAUUUUUUAGUCAUACAAUUUUAUAAGAUAAAUGACAAUACCAUGUUCUUGUAUUUGUCACUAUGGAGCAAUACGCUUUCUGACAUCAAUUAAUAUCAGGUAUAUUUACACCUCAA